CAGACUUACACUUACAUCCUCGUUGAGGAACGUCUGCUUUCAUUCUUUCCCUCAAGGCUGCUCGCUCACACUUCAGGAUGCCAUCUAUUGUGACGAACACCCCGUCUCUAGAUUCACUGAACGGCAUCUUUCCUCUAACAUUUCCUGUCCCGACGCCGACGACUCACCCUGAUCUAGUGUCUACCAAGGACAUCGUACGCGAAGAAGACCUCCUUCACAAUCCGUUCUCUUUCCGUCAUUGGUGGACAGCAAUCCAGACUACAAAAGAGGCAUAUGCUGCGCUUCAGAAAGCCGAGCGUCCACCAGACCUUGCUCCUGAAGUCGCUGCUCUUCUCGGCCCUCUCGCGUCACCUGUUGCUCGGAAGUCGCUGCAGCACCUGACAUACCUAUAUGAGGCGGCUCUCGCGCAGUUUCCGGCAUCCUUUAAGCUAUGGAAGUCAUACCUUCAGACGCGUAUGUCCUUCGUUCUAGGAAAGCUGCGUAUAAAGAAAAGAGCCGGUGGCAGGAAAAAGUUCCCUGAAAUGCGAGAUGCUCUGGAGGAUGAGAAGGAGGACAUGGAGCAGUGGGAGGGUGGAUUAGAUGGAAUAGUCGGUUGGGAAGAGUGGAAGGCUCUCGUCGCGACUUUCGAACGCGCCCUGAUGUGGUUACCCAAAAUGCCGCGUAUGUGGCUAUUGUACUUGUCUAUAUUCAACCACCCGUUCUGCCCUCCGUUAAUCUCCUGCACGCAUGCCAGGCGCACAUACGACCGCGCUCUCCGCACCCUACCACCAUCCCUUCAUUCACGCAUAUGGGCCCGUUACUUGCUCUGGGCUGAGAGCAAAGGCGGUGCCACGACAGUUGCUGUUUACCGUCGCUACCUAGCUGUCGACCCCAACGUAACCGAACGCUACACUGCCAUUCUAUUGUCAGAGAACAAUCCUGAUCCACGGCCAUUGGAAGCGGCGAAACUGCUUCUAUCUCUCGCGCGCAAGGCAGCGAAAGGAGAGUACACGAGUCCUGAGGGCAAGAGUCCCUACGAACUGUUGGGAGACUUCCUUGAUGUGGUAGAACAGCAUGCCGAGGAAGUGGGCAUGAAUGUGGAUGACACUCUUCAGUCCCAUGAAGCUCAUGCACGCUCAGAAGAGGAGAAAGCUUCGUCUACGGAGCAAUUGGAACAUCUUUCCAUCAGUGGACAGCUAAUCCGCUUCGCGGGUCCUCCUGUUGCGGUAGGUGCCGAUGGUAAGACGCCGUUGCCGCCUUACGACGAGGAUGUGGACCCUAUAAGCCCGCGCAAACUGAAUAUCGAACAUAUCAUUCGAAAAGAUGGUUUGGAGGUGUACAAGGACCAAGCUGGCCGGCUGUGGACAGGACUUGCGACGUACUGGAUCAAGAGGGGCGAAUUUGAUCGUGCUAAGAUGACUUUCGAGAACGGCAUUGCAUCAGUCCUCACUAUUCGCGAUUUCACGCAAAUAUUUGACGCGUAUGCUGAGUUCUCGGAGAGUUUGAUCAGUGCGAUGAUGGAAAGCCUGGCCAACCCGGAUGAAGAUGAGGACGAAGAGGAUGCGAAAGAGACUGAGGUGGAGCUGGACGCCAAGAUGAAGGAGUUCGAGGAACUGAUGGACCGCCGGCCGUUCCUGGUGAAUGAUGUUCUGUUGCGGCGUAACCCCAAUGACGUUCAGGAAUGGGAGAAGAGGGUGGCAUUGUGGGGCAAUAACGAUGAGAAGGUGGCCGAGACAUAUGGUCAGGCACUAUCAACGGUCAAUCCUCGCAGAGCCACCGCCAACUUCCAUCGCCUGUUCAUCAACUUUGCCAAAUUCUACGAGGAGGGUGGUACGACGGGAGAGGCUGAGCACGACCUGGACAGUGCUCGCCAGGUGCUAGAGAAGGCGACCAAGGUCAAUUUCAAGGCUGUUGACGAAUUGGCAGAGGUGUGGUGCGAAUGGGCAGAGAUGGAAAUUCGGCAUGAAAACUACGACGAAGCCAUCCGAGUCAUGCAACGUGCAGCUGCCAUACCCAGGAAUACCAAGAUCAACUAUUUUGACCACUCACUGCCGGUUCAAGCUCGCCUAUUCAAGUCUUUGAAGUUGUGGUCAUUCUACGUAGACUUGGAGGAAUCACUCGGAACCGUUGAAUCCACGAAGGCCGUAUACGACAAGAUUCUGGAGCUUCGGAUUGCGAACGCUCAGAUAAUUGUUAACUAUGCGGCGUUUUUAGAGGAGAAUAAGUAUUACGAGGAGAGUUUCAAGGUUUAUGAGCGAGGAACUGAAGUGUUCACUUUUCCAGUAUCAUUUGAAAUCUGGAACAUCUACUUGGCCAAGUUCGUCAAACGCUACGGCGAUUCGAAGGUUGAGCGUGCACGAGAUCUCUUUGAACAAGCACUGGAGAAGUGCCCGCCAAAGUCCUGCAAGCCAAUCUUCCUCAUGUAUGCUACGUAUGAAGAGGAGUUUGGGUUGGCCAAGCGUGCAAUGUCUGUGUACGAUCGCGCUACCAGGGUCGUCGCUGACGAAGACAAGUUUGAGCUCUUCACUAUCUACAUCGCCAAAGCAACAGAAAACUACGGUCUUCCCGCAACUCGUCCAAUCUACGAGCGCGCUCUCGAAAUACUGCCAGACAAGCAGACGGCUGAGAUGUGUCUCCGGUUCGCGUCUAUGGAACGGAAGCUCGGUGAAAUAGACCGCGCUCGUGCAAUAUACGCCCAUGCAUCUCAGUUCUGCGAUCCACGUGUCAACCCCAAAUUCUGGGCCGAGUGGAACAGCUUCGAGAUCGAGACUGGCUCGGAGGAUACCUUCCGCGAGAUGCUGAGGAUCAAGCGCAGCGUGCAGGCACAGUUCAAUACGGAAGCAUCCUUCUUGGCUGCUCAAAUGGCUGUGAAAGAGGGUGGAGGGGAGGCGAUGGAGGAGGAACCGGCCGCCCCAGCAGACGCGAUGGCUGCAGCAGAAAGACAAGCCGGAGGCAUCAAGGGUCCGUCAUUCGUAUCCGCGAAACAAAAUCCCGCGCGGCAGGAAGUGGCUGAGGAGGAGCAGCCAGCAGCCGACCAGGGCAAUGCGGAAGAGAUACAUAUAUCGGAUGAUGAAUUGUAGGCCUACUUUCUUAUCUCGUUGUGUGAGGAAUAUAUCAGGUCAUGGGUGGACUGCGCCCUUUUCAUUGUCAAUGCGUCUGAAUCAGAGGUGAUGACCGACAUGCGAAUGCCGGUAUC